AGGUAACUCAUACUCUAGGAUCGAUCUAAGGUGGUAGUAAACGGUACCCUACGCGAAACUAAUCUAAAAAAAGUUUGUAUUGAUUGUUUCCCUGGCAGCGGCAAAUUAUUCUGACUCACUACAGACCGGCUGAUGGUUAAGUUUGUAUCGUAUACGAAAUCCGUGAUGGAGUAGAGUUUUUUGCUUGAAAAAUCCGCACUUCAGUUUUUGUUCAGUGGAGCUAGAAAUGGUGCGACCGAGGCCGGAAGUUAGGAUUUGAAUGCGUACGGUAUGUCCGGUAUUCGUUAUGGUCGAUCAUCAUCAGCUCAUCUGGCAAUGAAAAACGGGCAUUCGUUUCAUAAAUAAACGAAAUAUAGUUGUGAUCAUGAUGUCGUAGUGUCCGGAAUGUGGUUUGACCGCCAAUGUGGAGGUGACUUGAUUUAUGUGAUUCCCUGAGGAGCGCUGAGCAAGAUACAACUCUUCCUCGUCCACCAUGAAGAUGCUACCUAUAGGUCUUCUCCUUCUGCUACUCACCUUCUCCAACACCGAACGUAUAAAGACCUCCGUCGAAAUACCUGGAGACCUCACAAUAGCCUUACUAGUAAGCACAUGCCAUAACUCCACUGUAGACCUCAUACCUUACCACACAAACUCGUUGGUGUCAUCCGCCAUGUGGAUAGUAGAUAGACUCAAUUAUCUGGAAUACGCUGCGCCUCUGACUCUCGGUCUCAAAGUAUACGGAAUCUGCGAGGAAAUUGAUUACUUCAAGAGCAUCUUUGAUUUGUACCAAUCGGAAAACGACUAUUUGCUGACGGUUAUAAGCGAGGCUAGUUUGAGCGAGAAGAUGCUGAACUUCUGCGAGGUGUUGGAUGUUAGAAGCAGUUCGAUAGCGCGAUGUUCAAAACUUCUGGUGAAGAGUACCGUGGAGUUCCUUAAUGUGAUGGGAUGGGUGGAGAAUGUGACUGUCUUUGGACCCGACGAGUUUAUAAUGGAAGAGUUUUCUAGCUAUGCAGUGAGACAGUCAGUGUGUGUUACGGACCUCGUCAUAUAUGGGAGUGCCUGUCCAAACCUGGUCAACAUUACAACGCCAAUUGUAUAUUUUGGAAACAAAUGCAACAUAGAACAUUUUUCGACUCGCCAGGAAAACUACACAAACGAUGUGCUCAAGAUGAUUUUUGUGCCACUGGAUGCAUCUGUACCAGCAGACUUACCAGAACACAGCUUCGUGAUUAUACCACCCCAGUUUCCUACAUCACUAACAUAUCAAAUGCCUGAGAACAUCAUCCCCACGCCACUGCUUUUCGAGGCAGCAAAUCCAAUGUUGACAGCUGUCAAAUCUCUCCUGAUGGCCUUCAGAAACCGUUGUAAUGACACCAACAAGUUAACUAAGCUAGAUUGCUUAAAAAAGGCAGAUCUCAAAAGAAGCCCUUACGCAGUGAUGUCACUGACCGCUAUCUUGGAGUUCCUCAAGGUGGAACCUCUGAGAGGGCAUUUUGUGUAUGAUAUCUAUAGGGUGGAAAAUAACAGUGUCGUGAAAAACAGUUUUCUUCAACCCUAUAGCAAAGUUUUCACGUAUAACUUGUUCGAUCAAAACCUUACGUUGGUGGAUCAAAGCUUGGAUGCUUUGGUGGGCAAUGUCACUUUUCGGUCCGAUCCAGAAGAAUGUAUAAAUUUCUUGUUGAACAGAGACUUGAAAGACACUAUAAGUGACGAAUAUCUGAGCUUCAAAUCAGAGUCCUGGGUAUACGCAUUCAUAUCACUUUCUCUGCUCGGAAUUCUGUUUUGUAUCUCUAUCUUCACAUUCCUCUUGAUCUGCAUAUGCAGGAGAGACAUCUUGGAAGGCAACCCUAUCCUCACGUUAGUUCUGCUAUUAGCUACAGUGCUUUUGCUGUCAUCAGUUCUACCUUUUCUCCUAACAGCAACCAAAUAUAACAGCAAUACGCUUUGCGUAACGAAGUCUAUGUCCAUAACUCUAUCUUACGCCCUAGUAUUUUCUCUUCUCCUAUCCAGAAGUAUUAUGUUAGCCAGUGCUUCAAAAGAGAUAGGGUUCAUGUCCCACGUUGCUGGGCCGGUACAAUCAUUCCUUUGCCUGUUUAUAUUUGGGGUUCAAGCUGCUUUAAAUCUGCAGGUUGUCGGAAGAUGCUUAGAUGUUUUCCAAGGUAACUCUUUGCUGUACUUGAUGAGUUACAAUGCUAUGCUGCUCUUGCUGCUGCUAUGUCUUUCUCCUUUGAUGUACAAAUGUCAGAGGAACUAUCGAGAAGGCAAAUAUUUUACCAUCUCUAUCAUUUUGAUGAUCAUUAUAUGGUGUAUAUGGGUUCCCUUAUACGGAUAUCUGGAUGAGAAUUGGAAGGAACUGGUGCUGUGUUUUGGUAUUGUGGGUACAUCCAUGGUGCUCCUAGGAGCCCUUUUUAUUCCAAGGACCUAUCUGAUGACAAUAGCUGCAGCCAGGGAUAGGCUUACGAGCACUUUGCCCUCAUUAGCUACCGGGACGAGUACUCUGGACAUCUACAGGGCCAAUACACAGCCAAUUUAUGACUGUGUCAACGUAGCAGCCAUAAAUGCAGCCACAGUAGCCACUAUUCCAACACAGCCUAUACCACGGCCAGACCUCUAUUCGUGUCCAGCGCUACCUGAAGAUGAGGACCUAGACUUUAGGUGUGAGACUCCACCGCAAUCUGAUAAAAUUACAAGAUUCUGAUAGGAAACGUAUGCUCAUUAUGAUAUGAGCAUCUACUAACAACCAAAUACCAGACAAGCACUCAACAACAAUACACAAAAGACAUCAUUGACGCAAUUGACAUUUUAGCUGACGCUGUCAUUUCAAUAGCGCUAGCGUUAUAUUAUGAUGAGCGUGACCAGUGUUUUGUGUGAGUCUAGAGGAUCAAAACACAAUACCCUGUCGGUUUGAAAACGUUGGAGUAACUACUACCAAAAAUUCUUAGAGGAUGUUUUGACCAAUAAAGUUUACAUCAAGUGGUGUCUAAUCAUGUUGUUAUAAAACAAAUUGAUAGCGGUGUGUGGUACAGAUCUCCUCAAGACCAAUUAAAAACAUGUCCGGUACGAUGAUAUCCUUGGAACACAUAUCUCUUAAAAAUACGAACAGUCCGGAAACUUUACAACAAUCCAAUUUUUAAAAAAUUUUAGGAGAACCAAAGGGAACCUCAUGGCGAUCUGUAAUAUGAUAUAAAUAAUGACCUCAGAGGACUUCAUGAGCUCAAGCAGCAACCAUUCUUGACAGCAAAUUUAUAAUCAGCACGAGAUUCGACAUAGGAAUCAAUCUUCAAGCGUGAGCUUAGACAGUCAAAAUUGGUCAAAUCAGUAUGCCAAUUUGUUCAAAAAGUACACGAAUGCUAUGGAAAUUUAUCAACUACGCAUUUUUUCCUAUCGGGGUUUCAGAAGAUCAAAAAUGAAUUAGCAGGAAGUCUUUACACAGGUAAUCUUAGUUGGACAAGUUAGUAGGUGAAAGGGCCAUCAAAGAUCGCUAUUUCAAUUUACAAGCUUGAAUUUUACAGGACGUCUAAGGUCUAGAUUACACCUGAGGACACCUAUCAAUCCUCCUUUUAAUUUCCUGAAGCUCUUGUUAGACCUCUCUUUUAAAACAAAUACGCUGUAUUCAAUUUUCCGACUCCCGCAUUACGUAAAUUAGAAGGUGACGUUAUAAUAUCAUUUAGGGAUUCCGUGAAGGAUUUGGGCUUAGUGGUUGACUCUAAACUAAGGUUUAGAAAACACAUUACUCUGUACCUAAGAAAAGCAUAUUCAAUGUUAAAAAUAAUUUACCCUCAUAUACAUUACCUAUCACAAAAUACUAAAGCCACGCUCUGCGAAGGCUUAUCCCACUUCAACUUUGCUGAUAUGGAAUAUGGCCCAUUUCUUGAUAGCGUGGAACUAAAGCGGGUUCAAAAAGCUCAUAAUUCUUGUCUGAGACUGAUAUUUGGCAUAAGGGGUAGACAAAGAGUAUCCCACAGACUACCUGAACUGAAUGGUUGAAUAUGGCUCAGAGGCGUACCUUGCCCUCUACUUCCUUUUUUUACAAGAUUAUAAAAUAUAAAAGCCCCCCUUAUCUUCCUUAAAAAUUAGUUACCGGACUGACGUACAUAAUCUAAACAUUAGAAGAUUGAAUUUGAUUACAAUACCGUCACACAUUAAAGAAUCAUUUAAGAAAUCAUUCUCGUAUCAAAUUGCCUUUUUGGUAAAUAAAUUCAAAAUUAAAGAAUUUUUGUCUCUCGGUAGCUACAUUUAAAAGGAACCUUAAAAGUGAUUUACUGUCUCAGAUAUUAUAGAAAACAUAUCUCCUGCUCCCCCGUUUCUCUUCUUCUCUCUCCUCUAUUCACGCUUUCUCUUUCUGACUCUAAAUUUCUUAAUAUCAAAACUUCAUUGAUUAUCAAUGUCUUAAUAGUCAUUUGCAU